GGGGGGGAGGGGUUCUGGAAAGAGCAGGGCCUCAGACUGAUACCAGAUCCUACAGUAGUCAGGUCACCAGUAAAUCCAAGAGCUGAGCUGACCAAGUUAACAUUUAGAAUGUCUGAAAACAGAAAGGAAACCUGUCUCAAACAAUGUCAGAAGUGUGAUGUUGACAUGAAUGGAGACAUGUUAGAUGCACAAGGUGUUUGUCUUCACUGCAAAACUGAGACAAAAGAGGAGCAUCAAAAAAAUCAGAAAAGCAGAAGGGAUUCUGCCACAUACAAUGUUGGUGAGAUGAUGGAGACUGAGCCUGCCUAUGCUGACUUCAUCAGCUGUGAUCGGACUGGUCGGAGAAAUGCAGUUCAUGACCUUCCAGGAGAUGCAGCUGCCAUUAAGUUGGAGAAACCAGCAAACACCAUGGAUAUUUCUGUUGCAGAUGAAGAAAAUCAAGCAAAGGAAGCUGCUUUUGAAAAAAACCCUGGGCUGAUUCCUGAAAGGAAGAAUGAUAGUUCAACCUUCUGAUUUAAGAUGCAGAAGGUGGAAGACAGGAUAAUAACACUUGAUAGUACUCUAUAUGCUAAUAAAUCAGACUGCAACAGGAAGAUCUUUACUUAGAGAUCUCUUUAGAAGCCAUUUGGAUGUCAUAGUCACUUUGUGUAGCAAGUAACUGGUAUCUCCAAAGUUAUUUCUUUAUAUAAUGCUACAAAAUAAGAUCUGUUCUGGUAACCUGAGCCAGUUAGAGAGCGUUAACCAGCUAUUUUCUGUACAGUUAAACAACAUUUCCAUAAUAUGUGUUUCAGAUUUUAUUGUAAAAGGUGCAUUUUGUUCACUUAGUAAAUUUAAACUAUUUAUUUCUAUCUCCUGUAAAUUAUUAGAUGGUUUAUUGUGUUCCUCACGAUAUAUAUAUAAAAUCCAACAUCCAGUUGAUCUUUUAAGCUGUGAACAUGGGAAUUAUAGCAUAUAAUAUACCAGACAUUUCACCAGUAUGACUCUCAUUAAAUAAUCGAGCUUGCUACUGGCAACAGUGCUCUUAUAUAGUUCUAGUUCAUAUUCUGUUUUAAACAAAUACUAUAGAAAUGUCACCAUUCCUGCUAUAGGUGUCACCAAAUGAUUCAGUAUUUCUGAACAGGUACACUUUAAUAAUUGGUUUGCUUAGCUUUUUUUAAAAAAAGGAAAAGGUGAUACAGGCUAAGGCGUAAUAUUUGUUGUAUACAAUUCAGGUAACUGAUACAUUUUCAUUAUCUGUUAAUAGCAAUUUCUUUUUAGGUAAAAGUAUAUUUCUCUUGAGUCAAGGUUGACAUCUGGUGACUACAUAGAUGCAUGUGUGCUGCUUUCCUUAUAAUAAUCCUUACUAUAAUAAUCCAUUGCCUUCUUCCAGCACUUCUUGUGAAUAUUAUGCAAUUCUAUAAAUUUGUUUUUGAGCAAAUAAAAUUGAGUAUUAUGCA